GUGUAAUGCAUAUUCAAUGUAAAUUGAAAGUUUAGAUGCAUGUUCGACCUAUUGUCUUCGGUAGUUCUAUUUGGAGUUCAAACUCAACGUGGAUUAUCUUAAGCUAAAUAUGUGUGAAGAGUUUUUCUAAAACCAUUGUUGAAACUGAAUGUGUACAGAUUACAAAAUUUCUGUAUCGCGUAAAAUGAAAUUCAUGUAUGUGUAUAGAAAUGUAGUUGUUUUAAUGAUAUAUUUGAAUUGCUUGACCUGCACUGUGGAUGCUCAAAAAGAGGGAGGUAGAAAUGGCCGCGAAGCAUGGACCCAAUUUCUGGAAUCCGAGCACAUACAUCCAGGUGACCCAAGUGCGACAAAUACCCUGUCAGAAGACAUAUUUCAAACCGGAGCCAGCACAGCACGUGGAGCCAUUUUAGACCCAAAUACUGCAGAUAUACGGACAGGAAAUACAGAAAGUAUCAAAGAUCUUUCAGCGAUCAAUCAUGUUAUAGACAGCCAAAUAUCAAACAGAAAUGGCAAAAUAUCUAAACAGAAAAAGAACAAGCACAUGAUUGCAAAAAGGAAGAGGAAAAGACAAGAAAGGAGACGGAGAAAUAGAAUGAACAAGCAGAAAAAUAAAAUCCUAAAACGUUUAAAGAAACAAAAUAUCAAAUCACUGGAUUCACAACCUGCUGACGUGCAAGAAAGCCAAAUACCAAACGGAAAUGACAAGUGGUUUAGACAGAAACAGAACAAAAGUAUGAGGGCAGAGCGAAAGAAAAAGCUACAGGAAAAAAAAAUGCGAAAUCAAAUGAUCAGACAGCAAAGAAAAAAGUUAAAACAAUUAAAGAAACAGAAAAUCAAAUCAAUGGAGACGGUACCUGUUGAUGUGAAAGCAAAAUCAGAAAACAGAGCAGAUAAACCAGUUAAGUGGAAAGACCGCCGUAAAAGGAUUCUUGAACGAAUGAGACAACGACAAGCAAGACUUGAAAAGAGAAGAAGGGAAGACGAGAUAAGAAGAGCGCAAAAACAACGUCGAAAGGAAGAACGACAAAGGAAAAAGGCGAUAAAGAAUGGUCAAAAUAGGAUUACAGAUAGCCUUAAGAUAAAUGAAAUGUUAAAAGAUGGAAAUUCUUUACCAACGGAAACACCAGUAAAGCUUGACAAAAUUACUGGUCCCAAGAGAUUAACUGAAAAAAGUACAAAAGAAAAUGCAAAUAUGGCAACUACUGAUCGAAGUACUAGUAACACAGCGGAUAAUUUACUUUCUAUACCUAACAUAAACGGCAAUGUAGAUCAUUUGGGUUUUGAAACCGCUAGCGACAUCAGUAAUGACAUGAAAAUACCCAGGGAACUUUUUGGAAUUACAAGUGACAAUAGUGGGAUAUUGCUUGGUACAAACGACAACCCUAACAAAAAGACCUCAACUGAAAAUUUGGGAGUUAUGAGGCAGAUUGUGCCAGGAUUCAAAAUUAAUGACAUACCGAUUAUAGACCUUGCGGGUGUCAUAGAUCCUCGAAUCCAAAUGGAAGCAGCCGGAACGGAAUCAGGAUUUCCUGCUUUUCUGACACCUACGUCUUUUGAUCCAUCACGUUCACUAGGAAUGAUGAACACUGGAGAUGGUGCAUGGGGACCUUUUGACCCAAACACGGGUGUUCUACUUGGGCCAUCGGUGGUUGAAAAUGGCGUUCCGGUGAGAAUGGCUGACGCUAACACAGGUAUUCCACUGGGACCGGUAGAACCUGGAAUAGAUGUUCCAUUUGGUCAUGUAGACCUAAGCCCAAGUGUCCCUUUUGGACCAGAGGACACUGGCUCUGGGUUUCGUUUGGAACCUGUGGACCCAAUGACUAGCGUUCCGUUUGAACAAACGAACCAUGGGAGGAGUAGUGUACAGUCGGAGCAUUUCGGCGUUGCAAAUGACGUUCCAUUUGACUCUGGAAAUCAGCUUGUGCCGAAGGAAAAAAAGUCGAAUAUAGCAUUUGAUACUAAUGGGACAAACAGUAUGCAACGUACAUCAGUUGACGUUAUAGACGUUUCAGUGAACCCAAGCUCAAGUAUUGAUCUUUUUGCAGCAGGCGUGCCUUUCGAUCCAAACGGAAGGUUGGACAACAAUGCGGUUAUUCCCCCAAACCUCAGUAACACAACCUCCGGUGUUCCUUUUCACCAUGUGAACUCAGGGCAUGGUAUUCCAUUCGAACAAGUGAACUCCGCAACUGGUUUUUUAGCUGAACCCAUCAACUCUGGAGCUGAUAUUCCAUUCGAACCCCUGGACUCUGGAAUGAGAAUUCCGUUCGAUACCACACACUCCGGAACUGGUAUUCCAUUCGAACCUGCGAACUCCGGAACUGUUAAUCCAUCGGAUCCCACAAACUUCAGAAGUAUAUCACUGGAUCCUUCUGAUUCCGAAUCUGGUACAUUUGAGUCCAUUAACACCGGAACUGGCAUUCCGUUGGAACCGCUGGACCCUAGAACGGGAAUUCCAUUUGUUCCAACAAACUCCGGAACUGGUUUUCAUUCCGAAUCUGCGAACUCCGGAGCUGUAAUUCCACCGGAUCCUACAAACUCCGGAACAAGUGUUUCAUUUGAACCCGUGAACUCCAGAACUGGUAUAUCAUUAGACCCUACUAAUUCCGCAGCUGGUACUCCAUCUGAGCCCAUUAAGUCCGGAAUAGGUAUUUCAUUCGAACCUCUGGACUCCAGAACAGGAGUUCCAUUCGAUCCCAAAAACGCCGGAACUGUUAUUCAAUCCGAAUCUACAAACUCCGGAGCUGCAAUUCCACCGGAUCCUAUAAACUCCGGAACUGUUGUUUCAUUUGAACCCCUGAACAACAGAACUGGUAUAUCAUUGGAUCCUACGAAUUCGGCAAUUGUUAUUCCAUCUGAACCUAUUAACUCCGGAUCUGGCAUUCCAUUCGAACAGCUGGAUUCUGGAACGGGUAUUCCAUUCGAAACUGCGAACUCCGGAAUUGGUAUUCCACCAGAUCCUACAAACUCCGGAACUGGUAUUUCAUUUGAACCCGUGAACUCAAGAACGGGUAUAUUAUUAGAUCCUACUAAUUCCGCAACUGGUAUUCCAUCUGAACCUAUUAACUCCGGAACUCCAAUCCAACCUCUGGUUUCCGGAACGGGUAUUUCGUCACAGGGUCCUUUGAACAGGGGAACGAACAGAUCAGAGUCAACCCCUGGUCAAAGUUUACAAACUGGACCGGUUGAUAAUGUAGCUAAUGCUAGUAUAACAGCUAGCAUACAUGAUACUGUCCUUGGUGAACAAGUGAACAUGACCAAAGUCGAACCUGGUAUUACUGGCGCUCCAGUCGGUCUGCUGUUAGAAAGCACAGGCGAUCCAAUGAACGAAUCGAUCGUUGAUUCACAAAACAAUACUGGAGACAGCGGGUUCGAUCCUUCCUUCGGUGUCAAUGGUCAAGCUGUCGUUUUUCAGUCAGUAGAUCUCAGGGAAUUUCUUUCAACUGGGAACAUAAAGAAUCUUGGCAGUAAUAAUCAGCCGCCUGUACAGAAGUCAGAACCAACACAAGGCAUAAUGUUGGUCAAUGGCGAGAUUAUGCCAGUGGCAGGACGAACAAGUUCAACGUCGGCAUCUAAUAAGCCAAACACUGCUUCUAGCGAAUCCAAAUUACCGGCCUCGUCACUUCUAGGAGUGGUAUUUGACAUAUCAAGAUCACUGAGACAAGGAAAAGGAUAAGUGAGAUCAAAUGUGAUGUAUAGGCCAUUGUGUAUAUAAAAUAAAAUGCUGCUGUCACUUAGCACGAUUUAGGGUUUAGAAAUUACUUUCCGUUUAGGUUAAUAUGUCAGAACAUCAAAUCACGCUAUAGCUUUAUAUAGUAAUUAUGUGCCCGAUCUACUGUCUUGAAUAAUCAUUACAUCUGUAAAAUUACACAAAUAAAAUAUAUAUAAAAUGUAA